AUGGUGAAGAUCGGAAUCAACGGAUUUGGACGAAUUGGUCGUCUUGUGCUUCGCGCCGCACUCAAGCACAGUGAGGUCGAGGUUGUCGGAGUUAACGAUCCUUUCAUCCCUCUUGACUACAUGCGAUACAUGUUCAUGUACGACUCCACUCACGGUACCUUCCCUGGAACCGUUGAGAUCAAGGACGGUAAGUUGGCCGUUGAUGGAAGCGCUACCACCGUGUUCGACAAACGCGACCCCGCUGAAAUCGACUGGGCCUCAUGUGGCGCCGAGUACGUCGUAGAGUCUACUGGAGUGUUCGCCUCAUUGGAGGGCGCCAGCAAGCACAUGAAGGGAGGAGCCAAGAAGGUUAUCAUCUCUGCUCCCUCUGGAGAUACUCCUAUGUUUGUUAUGGGAGUGAAUCACAAUGAGUACAAGAGCGAUAUGGACAUCGUAUCUAACGCCUCAUGUACCACCAACUGCUUGACACCCCUUGCCAAGGUUAUCCAUGACAACUACGGAAUUGUUGACGGUCUAAUGACCACCGUACACUAG